AUGCACGCGCUGCACAGGCUAGUGGCGCGGACGGCCGUCCGUCGUCUGCCCUCUCUGGUCUCGGUGCUGCUCGUCCCAUUCCUGCUGCUACUGUGCAUUGCGCCAUUUUUCUUUGUGCAGCUGCUCGCUGGCGAGAGAAGCGCGUCGCAUCUCUUACGCAGCAGCUCGCGUGCCGUCCUCAACGUGCCCACGUACAGUCCUUCGACCUUUCAAGUGCAAUCGACAUCAACCGGCGCAGGUAUUGUCAUUCCGCUGCACAACAAUAUGGCCGCACUGGGCGUUUCGCUCAUUCUUGAGCUUCGGCGGCUCAACACUACGCUCCCGAUCCAGAUCUACCACUGCUUCUCUGGCGAGCUCGUGGACGAAACGCAGGCGCUCUUGCGGGCGACGGACCCGCUCGGCCGCGUCGAGAUUGUCGACGCAUGCGCACUGCUUCUGGCAAAUGGGGUAUUUUCAAGUCACUGGGUUGCACUCGAGUACCAGAGCUACUUGAUCAAGGUGCUCGCGCUCCUCCACACGUCGUUCGACCAAGUCAUGCUUAUGGACGCAGACGUCAUCUUCUUGGAGUCGCCGGACACUCUCUGGGCCAUGCCUGGGUACAGCCGGACAGGCACACUCUUCUUUUAUGACCGGCGGAUCAAUGUGCCCGCCUUCUUCAACACGCCAAUGGUGCAGCCCAAGGGACAUGGUGCGAAGAAGACGCUUUUGCAUCACUUGUACCAGCACUUUCCGUACGCUGCGUUUGGCUUGCGCCAACCAAGAAUCUCGAAUCAAUUGCGCGCGUCGAGCGCGUGGCAGGGUGCGACAGCUCACGAACAAGACUCGUCGAUCGUUUUGAUCCACAAGGCACGCGUCGCCCCCGUCGUGUGGCAAGUGCUCUGGCACUUGGUGCACCACCUCCGCUUUGAGCGCGCGUACAAGCCCGGUCUUUCGUGGGGCGACAAGGAGUACUUUUGGCUCGCCUUUGCACUUGCCGGUGCGCCGUACGCCUUUUCUCCGUUUGCGGCCGCCAACGUGGCGCUUCCAGAGGACAUGCUUCUGCACAACGACACGCUCUGCGGCAACCUCGCACACUACAUCCCCUCCGAGACCGAGACAGAUGCGACCCGACUGUUCUAUAUCAACGGCAACGACGUGCUCUCGCCGUACUGGCGGGAAUCCAAAAUGUACGCAGUCGCUCCGAAUGCGCCGUGGGACGCGAAGGAAGCCUUCUUGAUCGCACGCAUUCCGUCGUACGUGACGCCGCGGCGCACCCAACGCAAUCAAGAAGCGCACCGCGCCGGCUUGAACGAGGCGUGCUUGGUCGGCCAGGGUGCCCGUCACGUGACCGACCCGAGGUUUCGACCACAUGUGGUCCAGCGUAUUAAAGACACCAUUGCAGCGGCGCGAAUCGUCCACACCAAGCCGCCCAACAACUGGGACGCUGUCGCGGCCCGACAAGGCCGCCCGCGUGCAUAA